GGCCUUCUCCUGUCUCCUGCUUCUCUCCCUCUUCCCUCGCCGGUCGUCUUAUCCGACCCUCUCGUCCAAGAUUGGAUUGGCUGAGGUUAGCCAACCACGAGGGCAUACAGCGAACAUCUCAUAAUCAUCAGCUUUCAGCUCCCUGGAGCAAAUUGCCCUCUACCGUGGCACUCUCCCUCCGUUCGUCGUUCCAGUCGAGCUCGGUCUGGGCACAGCAUUUCUAGCACAGCGCAGCGCGGCUGCAUCUAGGACAGCCUUUUGCCUCUAACUCCCACAUAAAGGUGCAAACCGACCCAUUUCCCUCGUCACCUAUCAUACCCCGUGCUACCAUCCGCAAUUGCCACACCCAACCAGAAAUUCAAUAAGCAGGAAAGGGCUCUUUCUAUUCCACUCGCUCACGCACACACACACCCUAUAUCGGACCGCAAUCGCAUUAGUAUUGCGGAGGAUGUAUCCGCAAGCUAAAGCUCUGCGUCAGAAGAUCUCUUAACUACCCGCCGGCUUCGCUCCUACUUCCCGAUUGAAUUGAACGUCCCCUCGAGGAGCUAAAAAAACCUUGACUUUGCUCUCCUUUCCCCAUUGCCACUACUACAGUGCAUACCCUAAGCAGGAUCUGAGCAGAGUCUGAACAAGGAUAACUUUAUAUCGGUGAAUCUUUACUACCCCACUACAACAACACUGUUGCAGUUCUGCCAUUACACUUAACGAAAGCUUCUACGUGCACUCCUGCCCUAUUACCUACAAGGUCAACUGCAAUUUACAGAAGGAUCCUUUCUCUACUCCGAAUUCUGGUCAUUCCCCCUCUCUCUCUUCCGAGGAAUCCACACUGCAAAAACGAACAAAUUUACUACAUCCGAGAGAUUCUGAGAAAUCGACUUUAUGCCAAUUUACCAGAACCUCACAUCCCAAAUGCCAGUAAUCGGAUUUUUCCACCACGGGGCAUCCCCAUCCACGUCCAUGACUUCAAUCCUCCCAAUCGACAGUAAACACCCAGCGCCGAAACGCCGCUGGUCAAGCAACCGCUCAAGUUCCGAGAGCGACCGACCAAAGCUUACGAUCCGCACCAUGUCCAGGGGCAGCAGCAGUCGAGGAGGCCUAAAGGGCUUCAUCGAGAAUCCUGCGGACAUAACCGUGGCCAUUGAAUCACCACCGCUCGUCUGUUAUGGCCCGCCGAAGGAGUCCACUGGCGCACUGUUGUCCGGAAUAAUGAAACUGCAGGUCAAGGAGACAGAGCAAACCUUUGAAGCCUUCACCAUGCGCUUGCUAGCGGACGUGCUCACUAAAAAGCCCGUGGGUGCGCACUGCUCGGACUGCACCACCAGCGUCAGCGAGCUACACAAAUGGCAAUUGAUCAGCGAACCAGUGGUGCUGAAGAAAGGAACGCACACCUAUCCGUUCAGUUACCUCCUGCCUGGCCACCUCCCUGCCAGCAACAACAACGCCCUCAGCAGGAUAACCUACUGCCUCUACGCAACCGCGACAACGAUGAAAGGUGACGAGAUCAAGUUUGAGAAGCCGAUAACUCUACAAAGGGCAGUCCUACCAGGACCGGACAGGCACAGCACCCGCGUCUUCCCGCCGACGGACCUCUCUGCCAAUGUCACCCUCCCACCCGUUGCGCACCCCGGUGGCGAUUUUCCGCUCCAUAUCCGCCUCGACGGUGUCCUUUCGAAAGCCCGGACCAGCCGUUGGCGAUUAAAGAGGCUGUCUUGGCGCAUCGAUGAGACCUCCCGCGUUGUCUCCCCAGCUUGUAAACAGCAUAGCGGCAAGCUCGGUGGUGACGGUAAAGGUCUGUUACACGACGACGUGCGCACGGUGGGCUCCGGCGAGGUCAAGAGUGGCUGGAAGUCGGAUUUCAACUCCACGGAUGGGAGCAUCGAGGUUGAAUUCAACGCUAGAAUCCACGCGCACGCGGACGCUGCGUGCGAUGUGGACUCGCCUUGCGGAAUUUCGGUGUCGCACAACCUUGUUGUGGAGAUGAUCGUUGCGGAAGAACAUUGCCCCGUUCCACCAUCAAGAGUCGCAAACCCCACCGGCGCCGCUAGAGUCCUUCGCAUGCAAUUCCACCUGAUCGUCACCGAGCGUAGCGGCCUGGGCAUCAGCUGGGACGAGGAGAUUCCACCCGUGUAUGAGAAUAUACCUGCUUCACCGCCGAAUUAUGGGACUGUCCUUGAAGUCGAGGGCGAAGAGGGAGUGGCUUUGUUUUGCCCACCGGUGUAUCAGGAAUCUUGAUCGCCCCCUUCUCUUUUUUUCUUUUCUUUUCCAUUUACUCUGUUCUAUUGUAUCCUACUCUUUUUCAUUUCGCUUGUGGUCACUUCACUCGCGCAUUAGAUGGGUUUUCAAAAGAAAAAAUUGGCGUAUUAAGGAUUUUCUAUCAUUCGGUUUUGCUUGUAUAGUCUCUAGGGUGCUUUGUAACAUAACUACUCUGUAUUCUCCUUCUUAA